AUGGGACAUGAGGAGCAUGGAGGGACUUGGCACAUGGAAGCAGCUCAACUGGAUACGCAAAGGAAGAAGGGAGAAGCCAUCUUGAAGACCAGCUCGACCGUCUACUCGACCAACCGGUCGAGUUCCUCAACUCGACCGGCCAAGCUUCAACUCGAUCGAGCUGAGAAAGGGGAAUGGAAACCCUUUGGGAAUGGACUCGGUCGAGCUAGGCAAACUCGACCGAUUGGUCAAGGAGAUGCUCCAAACCGCCACCAACAGAGACAAGGGAUUGUUCCACCACCAGUGCAGAACCACAACUUUGAGAUCAAGCUGGGAAUGAUCAACCUUGUCCAGAACAAGAUGUUCCAUGGAUUGCCAAGUGAAGACCCCAUUGACCACCUUGAUGAGUUUGAUAGGCUUUGUGAUUUGACAAAGAUCAAUGGUGUCUCUGAAGAUGCCAUCAAGCUGAGACUCUUUCCUAUGUCUCUAGCUGACAAAGCUCACCAAUGGGAGAAGAGCUUGCCCCAUGGCACAAUCACCACUUGGGAUGAAUGCAAGAAGGCCUUUCUUGCUAAGUUUUUCUCCACCGGUCGCACAGCCAAGCUUAGAGGAGAGAUAUCCAGCUUCAUCCAGCGAAACAAUGAGACAUUCGCAGAGGCUUGGGAGAGGUUCAAAGGCUACACAAGUCAGUGCCCACACCAUGGAUUCAACAAUGAAUCACUACUCUCCACUCUUUAUAGAGGAUGCUUGCCUAGGUAUAGGGAGAUGCUAGACACAGCUAGCAAUGGGAACUUCCUCAACCAGGAUGUAGAUGAUGGCUGGCAACUUGUGGAGAACAUGGCCAUAUCAACAGAAUGCUAUGGAGAGCAGUAUGAAAGUACAGACUGGAGCUCGACCGCACUCGAUCGAGCUGGACGCUCAGAUGAGAAAAGACAUGCUUGCACUCAAUCGAAGUUGGACAAACUGAUCCUAGCCCAAUUCCCUGCCAAGCAUGUCAACUAUGUCUCAGAACAAACCUAG